CCAAAGCACUCUGUGCAUACAAAGGUUAGUCUUCCCACACAAAUGGUUGGGAAAUGAUGUGGGUGAUCUGACAGAAUUACUCUUCUAGCCGCACACAAUCACUGCCAUCAUGAACUCCAAGCCUCUUUUCUUCUGCCUCUUCCUUGUAUUGCUCAUUCUACCUGUUCAAUUACGUAAACAAGAGAAGCAUGGAAAACAUCCGAAACAGGAAAAACACAGCAAAAAGCCUGAAAGAAAGUACAGAAGUCACGAGGAUAUUCUGAAGGAUCCAUUCUUUGAGAUCGUAGACGAACCAGGUGAGGACGAUAGUGAUGAUCUUGACUGGCUUUAUGAACUCCAAGAACCAGAUGGCCAAUGCAACCCAAACCCUUGCCUCAAUGACGGUGUGUGUGAGGAGAAGGGAAAGAGAAGGUUCAAAUGUGACUGCCCUAAGCCAUUCAAGGGCAAGAAGUGCCAGAAAGGGCCCAAAAUGUGUAAGAGGGGCACAUGUGGUCGUGGCGAGUGUGUGUUGACCUCUAAACCACCUUUCUACGCGUGCAAGUGCAAGCAGCCCUUCCUGCCACCAGACUGCAAAUUACUUGCGGUGUGUCAGCCUAACCCCUGUAAGAAUGGAGGCUUGUGUGUCAAGGACGGCAUGGACUUUGACUGCCUCUGCCCAGAAGGCUUCAGUGGACGUUUCUGUAAUGUUGGCCCAGAUGACUGUUACAAGGUCAAGGAUGACGGGGAGUCAUAUCGCGGCAACGUGAGUGAGACAGAUUAUGGAGAGGAAUGUCUCUACUGGAACUCCCAUUUCAUCCUGGAGAAAGGCUCUGAUCCCUUCAAUGACUUUGAGGAUGACGAUGGACUAGGCCCUCAUAACUUCUGCAGAAACCCAGAUGGUGACACUCAGCCAUGGUGCUUCAUAAGAAGAGGGCGGUUGCUGCUGUGGGAUCACUGUGGCGUCAGGGAGUGUGCUAAGCCCACAGAUGCUGGUCCCAAGCCUACUACUGGUCCGAAGCCCACUACUACAACUACUACAACUAUCAAGCCUACUACUCGUCCCAAACCCACUACUACAACUACUACUACAACACCCAAGCCUGAACCAACACCGGCCAAACCCUCAGCGGGUCCAGAGAAACCUACAGCGCCAAAGCCCAGUGGAGCCCCACGACAGCCCACAGCUAGCCCCGCCUCUGAUAAGCAGUUCACCACCUGUGGAAAGCCCCAGCCGAAGAAGGCCAUCACCAGGAUCUACGGAGGCUUGAAGGCCGUCCCUGGAGCCCAGCCCUGGCAACUGUCCCUGCAGGUCCGACCCAAGGGCUCCAGCCAGGCAUACAGGCACAUCUGUGGAGCGGUGCUCAUCGAUAGCUGCUGGGCUCUGACUGCCGGCCACUGCAUUGAUCCAAAGGACCAGAUGCAGGUGGUGGCUGGGAGUCUGACUCUAGGAAAGGAUGUGCCCAUUGGGCAGACGAUCAUAGUGGAGAAAGCUACAAGGCAUGAGAAUUACAAGGAGACAUCCACAGCUGUUUACAAUGACAUAGCGGUGCUGAAGCUGAAAGCCACAGAUGGUCGCUGUGCCAGAGAGAGCCAGUUUGUGAAGGCAGCCUGCUUGCCUGAUAGCCCAUUCCCUGAUGGGACUGAGUGCACCAUCUCUGGAUGGGGCGCUACUGAGGACUCUGACUACGGCUCCAACCACCUACUGGAUGCCCAGGUGCUGCUGAUCAGCCAUGAGAGCUGCUCAAGCAGCAAAGUCUAUGGAAGCGCCAUAGACAACACCAUGUUUUGUGCCGGUUACCUGCAGGGAGGAGUGGACUCCUGCCAGGGUGACUCUGGAGGGCCACUGACGUGUAACAAGGAGAGCUCCCAUUUCAUCUACGGUAUAGUGAGCUGGGGAGACCAGUGUGGGUUGAAGAACAAGCCUGGGGUCUACGCACGGGUCUCCCACUACCUUGACUGGAUCAAGUCAAAGACACAAGCAGCAUAGCUGGGCUAUGCCAGUCCAUACAGUUGAAGGCACUAAAAAGUUAGAUCACGGCACGGCAGAACAAUUCCUCAAUGCAUAUGCAACAUGGUGGUUUAGUGCCUUCUAGCAGUAGUUUAUCACAAAAACCCUGCAGUAGCAAAAGGUAAAAUAAGUGUCUCUUAAUUGGACCGCUACUAAGUAAUCAUUGAUAUAUGUUUGAAUAUAGCUGACAUGAUGUCAUUCCAGGAUAUAAAAUUACUGAUUUGACUGUAAGAGAACAAAACCAUUAAAACGUCCCUCUAUGGACCUUCCUGCAAAGAUGGGGAUUCUGAAUACUGUUUCUAUUAUUUUUUGCAAAUGGUAUUCUUGGAUAAACUUGUGGUGAUAAUGAGAGAAAACUACGUAGUAAGUAUAGGUCUAUAAAAGGAAAGCACAGAACCUUUCAUGGUGAAUAAUAUGUGGUUUAAUGGUCAAUAGCAUACUUGUUCGUUGCAAGUACAAGUGGAGUACACCAAAGUCUUAAAAUAAUAUAAAACAGAUGACCAAAGGACAGAGGGACAUACAGUACACUGAGAGUCAGAACUUAGGACUGUGGGGGUGUUAAGCCUGGUCAAGCAGACUGACUGCUGCACUCACUUUUCGUUUCAUUUGACACAUGAAGUGAAGCAAAAUACGAGCUCUCGCAAGAUGCAGGCUGGUUUCACAAGGCUAGUUAGUGGGUGUUGUGCAGCCUCAGUGCUGCUAACAGACCUAUCUGAAGCAUCUCUUAGACAGAACAGGAUGAGUGGCUCUCUGUUCACAUCAAUACAGGGGUUAAACAUAGGGUAGAGGCCCCACACACUGCUGCACAGAAAACGGUGGUGCAGGAUCAGUGUGUCUGUAUUAGAAAACAACAGCCUCCACUUGUGGACUUCAGCUUUUGGACUCCUUCCCCCUAAAGACAGUAACGUCUCAUGGGAGUCAUGACAUGUCAAGUACUGUCCAUCCCCAUGGUAGAUGCAGAAAGAUCCCUUGUUCACCUUGCUAAACCCAGGUUGGUCAAGUCCUGAGUCUGGUCCAUUCUCCAAUCUAUACUGGAGAUGCACCCAUUGACUGCACCAAUCAGCCAAUAGGGUUUCUCAUGGACAAUGACUUCCCAGUAAUGCAGGCCAGUGGAGAAGGACUCCUGUGCGAGGACACGGUACUGAGAGUCAUAACGCUCAUAUCGGUCCAUUCCAAUGGGCUCCGUGUUCCAGCACACCUGUAGCCUGUCCCUUGACACCUCCAGCUUCGGAUGGGACGUUUUCGAGUCCAAUGUCAGUGUUCUACAGAUAGACAAUCAUAGUCAAUGCACCAUGGAUAUGCAAUGCAUUGAAAACAUAUGGACUAUUCAUUGAUGGUGAUGAAUGAACAGCAUAAGUUAUACAUGUACUAUGUACGACCAUAAAACGUUCACAGUACAUGGCCACAUGCCAUUCAUUCCUAAUGCAGAUUCUCUUACCAAUGCAAAAAAAAGCAUCAAGAGAAACAAUUGCUAUGUGAAGGUCGGUUUCAAUGAUAAGGAGUAAAGUUUUGUACUAACGUGUCUACAUCCAUGGAAAGGCCUGAGUCAAAGCCUGAGACAACUCAUCCACCAUUCUCUCCACUGUUCUCAUCCUCUCUGGGGCACAGAGCUCCCUCUCCACUUCCUGUGUGGGCAGCAGAUCCAGGUCCCUAUGAUGGGGACACAAUGACAAAAUCCAUGUCUGGGUGCGUCUAUUCAAUCACUUGAGGUUUUUCUGUAAAACGUAUCGGAUAAAAGGUUAGAUUAGAUAUAUACAGUGCAUUUGGAAAGUAUUCAGACCCCUUGACUUUUUCCACAUUUUGUUACGUUACAGCCUUAUUCUAAAAUGGAUUAAAUCGUUUUUUUCCUCAAUCUAGACACAAUUACUUCCAUAAGGACUACACAAAAACAUGUUUUAAGACAUGUUUGCCAAUAUAUAUAUAUAUAUAUUUUUUUUUUUAAACUGACAUCACAUUUAAAUAAAUGGGGAGUGUCUCUGCACAGCUAUUGUCAGGUCUCUGCAGACUUAUCCCGAGGCCACUCCUGCAUUGUCUUGGCUGUGUGCUUAGGGUUGUUGUCCUGUUGGAAGGUGAACCUUCACCUCCAGUCUGAGGUCCUGAGCACUCUGGAGAAAGGUUUCCAUCAAGGAUCUCUCUGUACUUUUCUACGUUCAUCUUUCCCUCGAUCCUGACUAGUCUCCCAGUCCUUGACACUGAAAAACAGCCCAACAACAUGAUGCUGCCACCACCAUGCUUCACCUUUGGAUGGUGCCAGGCUUGGCAUUCAGGCCAAAUAGUUCAAUCUUGGUUUCAUCAGACCAGAGAAUCUUGUUUCUUAUUGGUCUGAGAAUCCUUUAGGUGCCUUUUGGCAAACACCAAUAGGGCUGUCAUGUGCUUUUUACUGAGGAGUGGCUUCCAUCUGGCCACUCUACCAUAAAGGCCUGAUUGAUGGAGAGCUGAGGAGAUAGUUGUUCUUCUGGAAGGUUAUCCCAUCACCAGAGAGGAACCAUGGGGCUCUGUCAGAGUUACAAUCAGGUUGUUGGUCACCUCCCUGACCGAGGCACUUCUCCACCGAUUGCUCAGUUUGGCCGUGCAGCCAGCUCAAGGAGGAGUCUUGGUGGUUCCAUACUUUUCCACUUAAGAAUUUAAGAACGCAGAAUGGAGGCCACUGCUCUCUGUUCUUGGGAACCUUCAAUGCUCCAAAAAUGUUUUAGUACCAUUCCCCAGAUCUGUGCCUCGACACAAUCCUAUUUCGGGGCUCUACAGAUGAUUCCUUUGACCUCAUAGCUUGGUUUUUGUUCUGACAUGUACUGUCAACUGUGGGACCUUAUAAAGACAGGUGUGUGCUUUUCGAAAUCAUGUCCAAUUAAUUGAAUUUACCACAGGUGGACCCCAAUCAAGCUAUAGAAACAUCUCAAGGAUGAUCAAUGGAAUCCGGAUGCAACUGAGCUCAAUUUUGUGUCUUAUAGCAAAGGGCCUGAAUACGUAUGUAAAUAAGUGAUUUCUGUUUACUAUUUUUAAUAAAUGUACAAAAAUGAUAAAAA